AUGGAUGCUACUCUGAAAAAGGUUCAUUCAACAGUAUCGCGUAGAAGACGACAAUUUAUAAUGGAAGAUGAUGACCUGAAGGAGCAUACUCAUAUCUCUAUCCCUGAAGAGGAUUACACGAGGAGGAUCAAACAGUACCCGAUAUCUCUAUCCAUGAAGAGGAUCAGACACUAUACAAGGAGUGUCAAUCGAGGAUCAAACGCUACACAAGGAGUGUCAAGCGGUGACCAGGAGGAGGAGGAUGAUCCCAGAGUGCCUAGGAUGAGAGGUGCGUUCGGCCAAAUUAUUCGCAACAUUAUAGGUGGUGAUAGAGGUGAUGGUGUAGAGAGAAUUCCACCAACAGCAUCAAAUAGACGACGAAACGAAGCAAAUCGUCCAAUUAGGCAGCGUCGUCGAAGACAAGACAUCCAUGAUGAUGUCGUCGAGUCUACUGCACAUGCACAUAUGGAGGAGGAUGUCCUUGAGACUCAGAUUGAGGAGGAUAUGGAACAUGCUGAUGAUGCUGGAUUCCCCGGAGGACCGAUGUUGAGACAUGUGUUGACACAGUAUGAGCACCACGUGGCUCGGAGGCUAUGGGAAGGAGAGGAUUGUGGACCGUUAAAAGUCAUUACUCAUGGAUUGAAGUUGAAGAAGUUUUCCGAAGUUCUUGUGCCACAUCCUGUAGAGCAUUGGAUUCGGGAAUCUGGGCUGCUACCUCUGUCUUCGACCUACCUCAUUAUGGUUGAUGCUGGUCUGAUCUCCGCAUUUGUUGAAAGAUGGCACAGAGAGACCAACUCAUUUCAUUUGCCAUUUAGAGAGAUGACUAUUACUUUAGACGACGUCGCGACUCUCCUUCACAUAUCACCCAUGUUUGAGUGUGCGGCUAGAACGUAUCUAUUGCAUUUAGUUGGCAGCACAAUUUUCGCCGAUAAAACACAUACGCGUGUGGAGGCGAAAUACAUCAGUUUAUUUAUUGAUUUAGAUCGUUGUCGAUACUAUUCGUGGGCUGCCGCGACAUUGGUUUUCCUUUAUGACAACAUGGGAGAUGAGGCUGUCCACGACACUCGACAGUUGGGAGGUUACAUGGCCCUUUUACAGUGCUGGAUUUACGAACACUUCCCUAGAAUCUGUAAGCGGGGCGAUAGAGGUGCGGUUCCUGCACAUCUUCCACGAGCAUGUAGGUGGAUUGCAAAACAUGCUGUUGAAGGUGGAUUAGUGACCUAUCGGCAGAGACUUGAUGGUUUGUUGCUUGAGGAUGUAGUGUUUACACCAUAUGAUGAUGAUCGAGCUAAUCAUCCGUUUGAAGAUAUUUCGAUGUUCUCUGGUUAUCUUCGAUGUGGUGGAGUCUCAGUCCCAUAUUUGCCGGAGCGAUGUCUUCGACAAUUUGGUCGUAUUCAGUGCAUCCCGCCUGAUGACUAUUAUCCAUGGUACAUGUCUGUGUCACAUCCUCUGAUCAUUCCUCGGUCUACUGCACAUGCAGGUACAUCCUCUGACCAUCCAUCUUACCAUCCAUCAUCUGCUGCACAUGUGGAUACAUCAUCUGCUGCACAUGCUGGUCCAUCAUCUUUUGACCGAGAUUGUAGAGCAGCUGAGCUUGUACGUAGAGCCAUUAAUUUGGUAGAGCCGUUUAGUGAAAUUCAUGAGAUUUUAAGUGAGUUAAGUCUUUUGUACGAUGAUUAG